CACACAAGACGUAUUUGAACUUGGCUACAUGCGAAGAGUCCGUGCUGUUCUUGACACGAUUGCGCAGUGGCCCAACGCCACGUUCGGCAAGCCCGGCCGGCGCGGGCGCAUUCUAGAGGCGUAUAAAUACGUCAUCCCUGUGGCGCAGCUCCUCGCCCAUAUACCAGUGCUACUCUAUUUGAAGAAAUACAACACAACCAUUAAUUUUAUUGAUAAAGGACAGGUUUAUUGCAACAUAUUCUUGACAGCUUUAUUUCUCCAAAGAGCAUCGCUACCUUUUCAGAAAAAUUAUCAAAACACGGUGAAAAAGUUUUGUUUAGAGUUUCAUUUAAAUCAUUACGAAUAUAAAAGUGAAUUUGCUAAAAAGGAAACUCGCAAGGUCAAUACACUUUGCAAGUACGUCACCAGGAUAAUUCUUUGCCAAUUGUACGCUGGAAUACUUUUGUAUAAUUUCGUGCCCCUCAUCCUAAAUAUAUACAUGGGAAUGUUCUCUACACCCAUGCCAGAGAAUAAAACAUUCGUUCACUCUGUGGACUACCUAUUACCAUUCGACGCAUACACGGACGCAAGGGGCUACUUAGUAAUAUUCUUGUUUAACUGGUUCCCGUCUUACAAUAUACCAACUGCAAUGUGCAGUUACGAUCUCUUGAUUUUCAUAAUGGUUUUUCAUAUUUCGGGCCAUUUGAAUAUACUCUCGCAUAGAUUAAAAACUUUUCCACGACCAAAAGUUGUCAGUAGUUCUGAGGAGACUGGGCUGUAUAAUAUGCAAGAAGAUAACAGAGAAAUGUUUCGUGCUUUAAAAGGUGCAAUCGAUUACCACAGAGUGAUUAAGAAGUUCAUGACAGAAAUGUCUGAAACGUUCGACGUGACAUUAUGUAGCUAUCUCGCUUUCCAUCAAGUGAUGUGCUGCUUGAUGUUGUUGGAGUGUUCUACCAUGGACCCUAAAGCACUUGGAAAAUAUGGAAUGCUGGGCGGGGUCAUAUUCCAACAACUAAUCCAAACUUCAGUGGUAUUUGAAUUAAUUAAAUCAAAGACCGAAACUCUCGGGGAUCAAGUGUACUCGAUAGCUUGGGAAGACCUGGACAUAAAAAAUAAGAAACUAUUCCUCAUGUUUCUGAAACACGUGCAGAAGCCGUUUGGUAUGAAAGCUUGCGGGAUCGUGCAUGUCGGAGUGCUGACGAUGUCUGCGAUUUUAAGGACAUCGUUCUCAUAUUUCAUAAUGUUGCGUACUCUAAACAACCAAGAAAAGUAGAUAAUAUGUCUUCUUAGACUAUCCAAGUGUUGCGGACCGCCUACCACCAAUUUACUUCGUAUCUACUAGUUACCGUAUUUUAAGGAUAAAUUCACCUCAGUCAUGUAUUACACCACUUGUACAAUGUGGGCUAUGCUCAGAAGAAUUGUUUGGCAUUGGCCCACAGCUGCUUUUUGCAACCUCACCCUUUCGAUGUCGGCAAGGCGAUCAUAUUUGCACGCAGGAACAUUCAUUGCCACCGAUCCACUGAGCGGAUUCUCUAUGCCUACCUAAUAAGUAAUAAGCCUUAAAUUGCAGAAUGAUAUAGAUUUACUCUUAAGGCCAUUGUAGCCGUAAACAUUUUAUGAUUGUUAUCACCAGUUAAAUCGAUUAACUUGAUAUAAUUAAUGUAUAUAUUAUAAUAUAAUGUUACUUGUAUUUCAUGAGUAGGUAUACUUACUUGCGAAUUAAUAGUGGGUCUAUUC